AUGGUGAUAAAAUACAUAAAUAAACUGGCGCUACUGAAUAUUUCGUUGCUCAAUGAAAUCAACUGGUUUUUGAAGACCGCAGAGAUGGCUCGCGUCUAUGGAAUUCAAUUUCAUGAGGUGUGGAGCAGAGGCUCCCAGUUGCGAGUCGAAUCCAUGAUGUUUCGCCUGGCGCACACGCAAGGAUUUGUGCUACCUUCUGUCACCCCAUCGCAGAGAAUACAG